CAAACAGCUUCCAUCCGCUAAUAUUUCGCUUCUCCGGUACACUUCGAUCAUUCGACGACCAUCAUGCCUUCGUUCACCUACCUCACCGCGGCCCUUGCCCUCACCAGCUCGGUCGUUGCUUCCCCAGUCGAGAAGCGUGAUGCUUUCGAAGUAAAGCAGGUUGCGCACGGCCUCCACCGCAAGAAUGGCCCCGCCCAGAUCGCCAAGACCCUCCGCAAAUACGGAAAGGCUGUUCCUGCGCACAUCCAAGCGGCUGCGGACAACAACGCAGUUGUCCAGGCUGAUGCCAACACUGGCAGCGACCCAGCUGUUCCCAGUGACCAGUACGACUCUUCUUACCUGAGCCCCGUGACUGUCGGAACCAGCACUGUCCAUCUCGAUUUCGACACUGGAAGUGCCGAUCUAUGGGUCUUCUCUGAUCUUCAGGCCAAGUCCUCGCUCUCUGGCCAUGACUACUACAAGACCGAUGCCUCCAAGCGCAAGUCGGGCUACACCUGGAAGAUCUCUUACGGCGAUGGAUCUGGUGCAAGUGGCCAGGUCUACACUGACAAGGUCACCGUCGGCCAAGUCACCGCGACGGCACAGGCUGUUGAGGCUGCCACCUCUGUCUCCGCCCAGUUCUCGCAGGAUGUUGACACCGAUGGUCUUCUUGGUCUCGCCAUGAGCUCCAUCAACACCGUCAAGCCUCAGCAGCAGACGACCUGGUUCGACACCGUCAAGAGCCAGCUCGCUAAGCCUCUAUUCGCCGUGACCCUCAAGUAUCACGCUGCCGGUACCUACGACUUCGGCUACAUCGACAGCGCAAAGUACACCGGCGCCAUCACCUACGUCAACGCCGACGCAUCCCAGGGAUUCUGGGGCUUCACAGCAUCCGGCUACUCGGUCGGUACCGGCGCCACCGUCUCCUCCAGCAUCAGCGGCAUCCUCGACACUGGCACAACCCUCAUGUACGUCCCCGCCGCCACUGCCAAAGCCUACUACGCCAAAGUUUCCGGCGCAAAGCUCGACUCCACCCAGGGCGGCUACGUCUUCCCAUGCUCGGCUACCCUGCCCAACUUCAGCAUCACCGUCGCCGGCGUCAAGCAGACCGUGCCCGGCAAGUACAUCAACUACGCACCCAUCACCGACGGCUCCAGCACCUGCUUCGGCGGCAUGCAGCCCGACACCGACAUCGGCCAGAGCAUCUUCGGUGACAUCUUCCUCAAGAGCAAGUACAUUGUUCACGACAUGUCCAACGGCACUCCCAGGCUCGGCUUCGCCCAGCAAGCUGGUGUGUCAUCGUAA